AUUUACACCAGCACAAUGGAGCUCAAAAUGCCAAUGCACGUCAGUGCAAAAAACAAGCCUUUGCAAGACUUUUUGAGGUGCCACCUUCUGAUCGAUCAUCGGAACAGAAAUUCUUGCUGGUCAUUUGCUUGAUCCUUCUCUUCUCAAGGAAUCUGUGUGAUGCUCGCUGUUACUUUAGACCAGCCAGCAAAUAUGGGUGCCUUUCAAACAGAAACCUCUAUGUUUUUGGUGCGGCAUGGAAGACUGAAGAUUGUUACCAAUGCAAGUGUAAGAUGACUGCAAUGAUUUGCUGCAGCUUGGUUUUAAUCCCCAAGAACUAUGACAGGGUGAACUGUGUUGGCCUGUUCCACAAGAAGAGCUGUUCCAUCCGAGUGGUGAAGAAGACUAAUCCUGACAUAAGCUGCAAAGUCUACAAUGGAGUUCGUUAA